AUGUUUCCUUCAGCUGGACUCUUUGCUGAUACAGACUGUCUUCUUCUUAUUUGGGGUAAAUGUGAAAGACCCUACUGCCCCUACAACCACACCAAAGAUGAUGCAGGUCAUGGCAGUCACAGCACCACUAGUGGAAGCCUCGACAACCAAGAACCAAGCCAAACUUGUCUUUUAGAGCUGGAAAGGAUCAACCAACAGAUUGAAGCAGUUAAAAGUGAAGUGGAAAAAGAACAAAAGCGAUUGUCUCGUUACCAGGCAGAGAGUGCUGGGGCUAGCUCUGAGGAAUAUUUAAAGAGCAGUUCAACUCUGUCUAAAGACCAGAAUGGAAACCAGCUGAACUGUAAAAAGCCAACUGCUGCUGCUCUUAAAUAUGUGGUUGAUCGCACCAAACCCAAAACCGAUCUGGAAUAUGACCCUUGUUCAAAUUUCUCUGCUGCUUUGCGAUCUGGCAACUUAACAGAUAAGGUGAAGUCAGCCAUUAAAACUGAUAUAGAGUCUGAAACUGGCCCAAGUGUGGCUGCAGACCUGGUUCAGCUUUCUUCUUGUAACUCUGAGGAUUCUGAUGAUGAGCGAAUGCUAGUUAUUGACAUUCCACCUAUUGAAAAUAAUAGGAACAAAUCUGGCAGAUCUCAGAAACAAGGCAUAGCAGCCAGUGAAAACGCCACACAAAAGCACCGCUCCGUUGAAGUAUGCCAGUUGGAAAGUCCAGCCACUAUGUAUUUUCCUGCUUGUGAAAAACAAGCACAACAUGGUGGAAAUGUUGCAGAAGAUAUUUACACUUGUCUGGAUCACCUAAGGCGUGAAAACCAGCCUUCAUCUGCUGAGUUGGUUGAAGCAGAUAAUGAAGUGAUACAAAUUAAUUCCAGUUCCUCUGAUGAGCUUAAUUAUUCAGACCUAGACAUUUCUGACAGUGAUCCAAUGGAGGAGUGCUACAGAAUAUUUAUGGAAGAAAAAAAUGCUGAUCCAGGUGGCACACCAGAUGAGGUUUCAAUAUCACCAGAGCCUGAAUUAGCCAAGCCACCUCCUGCUCAGAAGAAGAGGGUAGCCCAUGUGGCAAAGUUUGAGCAGGCCAGCCGGAGCACAGCACAGGUCAUCGUACCUCUUCGAGACGGAGGUUCUCAGCUUCCCGUACCCAGCCAGACUCAGCAGUGCCAGAAGAGAGCAACAACCCUUUCAACUGCAGUGAAGGGGUGCCAACCCUUCAUUGCAGCCACUGCUACCAAGAGAGUCAUUACACCUAACGUCAUUCAUUCAACAGCUGUGCCAAACGGCUGUGUGAACAUCAUCCCGGCUGGAGCAACCCUGCAACUCGGCCCAAACCUGCACCUGAUCGUACCUGAAGGGGGCUGUGCUUUACCUGUUACAAUCAUUCCUGCUACUGCUGCUGUUGCAAUACCUACCAAGCGAAAAGCAAAAGCCCGUCCGGAGGCUUGCACGAAGGUUCCACACGACGUACGGCAGCGCUAUGUGAAUCUGUUCGUCGAGGAAUUUUUAAAAACCUCGGCUACUGUGCAAGAGGCCUUUGAAAAGGCACUGGCAGAAGAAAAGACGGUGUUUGAUCGCAGCAUCAAUAAACUCAAGUAUCUAAGCAUAGCGGUCAAUGCACUCAAGAGGCUUAAAAACCAAAAUGCUGCUCCUGCCAAAUUUUCCUGUGAAAGAGAUGUCCGGGCAUCUAGGGGAAAUGUACCACUCAGUACUCAAGCUCUUCUGGGACAGGGUGAUGCCGCUCUGUAUGAUCAGCUGACUGAGCAUCUUUUAACCAAAGCCCUGCUGAGAGACAAUAACUACCCACAUAAGCACCCCAGCAAAGCUGGAUUUGCUAUCCAGUACAGUGACACCAAGAAGAGCAUCGCUGAUGGUUCUAGGAGAAUCUGCUGUCGCUGUGGAACUUCUUUCUCUGUUAGCCAGACAGGAAAGCACACCCGUAAAGAGGAGUGUAACUACCAUUAUGGGAAAGUCAUCGAAAACAGAGUUCCAGGAGGGGUGGAGACGCGCUAUAGCUGCUGUGAGAAUGCGGUCGGGUCACCAGGAUGCCAGACGUUUAAGCUCCAUGUUCACGAUGCAGUUAGUCUACAGGGCUUCAUAAGCAGUCUGCCUCAGACUCAUCCAGGCUGCCCGGGCAUUUACGCCAUCGAUACUGAAAUGUGCUAUACCACUCAAGGCUUGGAGCUGGUGAGAGUAACCAUGGUGAACAGCAGUCUGCAGGUCAUCUAUGACAUGUUUGUGAAGCCCAAUAACGAGGUCAUUGACUACAACACCAGGUUCUCAGGUAUCAGUGAGGACGAUGUGAAGAACAGCAGCUCGUCAUUGCAAGAUGUCCAGGCUGUGCUCUUGAGCUUUAUCAGUGAGGGCACCAUUCUGGUUGGACAUUGUUUGGAAACUGACCUCUGUGCUAUCAAACUUAUUCACAGCGCAGUGGUUGACACAUCUGUGGUGUUUCCUCAUCGACUCGGUCCACCACACAAGAGAGAUCUCCGGAGCCUGACGGCUGAGUAUCUGAGGAAGAUAAUCCAAGAGGACGUAGAGAGACAUGACACACGAGAGGAUGCUACUGCAUGUAUGGAGCUGAUGCUGUGGAAGGUAAAAGAAGAUGCCAAAGGAAAGAGAUGGUGACCUGAAUAAAAGUUCAUCCUCAGUCCAGAUGUGCACUGCAAUACUGAAAGUUGUAUUUAAACUUGUGUGUGAAUGUGCUGUUCUUGUUUUCAUA